AUGAACACAACCAGGCUAACGAAGAUACUUAAUGGAGCUAGGCAACAGGAAGUUGCAACUGCAUUUGGAACACAUCAAUGGCCUUUGCAGCCGUUAAACUAUCGUCAGAAGACCAAGAAUCGGCUAUCUGCAGGUAACCACACCAAGGCAGCUACAUCCACUGAUUGUAAGGAUCUUCUUGAAUAUGGUUCCGGUAAUACAGGGGUGUAUGAGAUUUAUCUCUACAAGGACAGCUCCCGUCCUGUCAGGGUGGAGUGUGAUAUGGACAUAAAUGGCGGAGGGUGGACGGUAAUCCAAAAGCGAGUUAAUGGAUCUCUGAGUUUUGAUAGGAACUGGAUAGAAUAUAAGUAUGCUUUCGGUUCACCGGAACAGGAUGUAUGGGUUGGGGACAGUAUGUUAGACACCGGUUAUCCUGAUAACUUCGACCUGUCAGGGAUGUAUUUCAGUACUGCUGACCGCGACGAUGACAGGAAUGGAUUUAACUGUGCCCGGGAUGAAGGGGGCUGGUGGUUUAAUAACUGCUACAUCGCCUUCCUGAACGGCCCGUGGUCCGGCUGGCCCUGGCCCUGGAAUCCUACUGUCAAGUUCAGUGGGGAUCUGAAGGACUCCAGGAUGCUAAUCAAGCGCCGCUAG